UUAUUUAGAGUUUUAAGGGGGGCAUCAAUGGAUCUGAUGCUGUUUUAGCUCCAUUACAUAUUCAUUUUAGGUCAUAGUAUAAAAAAAUCAAAAGUGUGAGAAAAAGGCGGUUAUUCAAGCUAAUCUUGAUCAAAAUAAUCUUGUUUUAGCAGCAAGAAUGAGAAAGUCUAACUUGCAAUGGUCUUUUUCAACUUCCCAAUUUCUUUCUUUCAAGUCUGCUCAAGAUCAAGCAGGAACUCACAAACAAUACCCUCCUGGCUUUUCACAGAAGAAGUUGGGUAUGGAUAUUAAAGGGGGAAGUCAAUAUCCAAUAAGUAGUCAUCAUAGUUGGCAGCCUAAAGAGGUGGUUUCAGUAAAUCAGUCCCCUGAUAUACUAAGCAGGAUGUUUCCUGCUAUUGGGCAAGCAAACCAGUUUAUUCCCGUCAUAAUAGGUUCUGCCGUGGGAGGUGCAAAUGUUUCUGUUACGCCUGCAAACGGUCCAGUCGUAGGAAGUACUGAUCUCAAGAGUUGUCCAAGUAUUGCAACCGGUUCCUGCCAGUUGACCCUCUUCUAUAAUGGAUCAGUUUGCGUCUAUGAUAAUGUUUCCCCUGAGAAGGCUCAAGCCAUAAUGUUAUUAGCUGGAAAUGAUGAAUCAAACAAUUCCACUGCCUCAGCUGCUGUACCUAAAAUACAGCCAUUAGUGCCACCAGCAAAAGAAGCUGCUGUUCUAAAUCAGUCUGCAGGCAUCUCAAUCCCUGUUUCAUCGCCCAUGCCUGUCAGUUCACUUCCUACAUCUGCGCCUAAUUGUGCAGUUGAACUAAAUCCAAUAAUAAAACCAGUUGUUGCUCCUUCUGCACAUGUUAAGACCCCUGAAUCACCUAAAUCAGCUGCCUUUGUCGGAGCUGUUUCUGGUGCUGUAAAAUCAAUUCCAUCAGCUGUACCUCAGGCUCGAAAAGCAUCUCUUGCAAGAUUCUUGGAGAAACGCAAAGAGAGGGUAACUAGUGCAUCUCCUUAUGUUGUUAGCAAGAACGCCUCCGGAUGCAGCAUUGUUGAACCUGGUAGAUCAACUUCACCAGCGAAAUUGACCUCCUCAACUCCCCUACCAGCUACCAGUGUAGAUAUUCUCCGAUGAACUCUAGCACUAGGAUUGUUUUGAAAAUAUAUUCAACUUGUUAAGAUAAUCAUAUAUUCACAUUCACUGAAUUCAAAUAUUUAUCGCAAUUAUAAUAUAUUGUAUUCUUUUGACUUCAAAUUUAUCGCUAUGACAAUAUAUUCAUGUUCUGUUUUAUUCGUUAUUUUUUUAACAGAUGCAAAAAGGCUAAUGCCAAGGCUUACUGCUAUAA